UGCCUUUACCAUCACACAACGUGCAGUCUGCACCUCACUACCUUCUGCCUCCAGUACAAGCCCACAGUGAUUGCCUGUGUGUGCAUCCAUCUGGCGUGCAAGUGGUCCAACUGGGAGAUCCCGGUUUCUACUGAUGGGAAACACUGGUGGGAAUAUGUGGACAACGCUGUCACUCUGGAGCUGCUUGAUGAGUUAACCCAUGAGUUUCUGCAGAUUCUGGAGAAAACACCCAGCCGACUAAAGAGGAUACGCAACUGGAGGGCAACGCAAGCUGCCAAAAAACCUAAGACUGAAAACGCCCAGAUGACUGACAACUCAUUUCCUGGACCUUCACUGGCCCAGGACCAAGCUGAUGCCUCACUUCCUGGCGUUCCUUCUUCCAACCCAGGGUUUUCCAAAGCAGGCACUACCUUUCCUAUGCCCAUGCUCAGCCAGUCCGGUGGAGCAGCUCUGGUUCUAGACUCCAUAGCCGCCACAUACAAUCCAGGUAGCCACAGUGAAUGGCCCCAGGGCAACCAGAGCCAGCAAGGAUACUCUACCACCUGUAUAAAACAGGAAUCGCUCAGCAUCCCUAUCCCAGAAUCUUUGCAAACCUCUACUUCCUCUUUGCUUCAGCAUCCAAUGGUAUACAAGACUGAAAAAAUAGAUUUCAACCCAGUCAAACAAGAACAAAAGGGAGCUGGUGGGAGUGGAGCUGCUAAGCAUCAACUAGCACCUCAGUCUGCUUACCCUCCACCAGCUCAGCCGUCUCCAGCUCAGAAGCUGUCACUGGAUAAAUACAGAGAGAAACAUGCUGCAGAGCUGGCUGCCUCCGGGCCGAAACGUAGGCAGGAACAGCAUGGUGGAGUAAUGGACUGUGAUGUAAAGGGGGAUUUGUUGUCCUCCUCCUCUAGCUAUGCACCAUCCAUGAUGAGCCAAGGAGACAACAGAAAACAAACAGUCCAUGGCAGUGGUGGCAGCGCCACAGCUUCCCCAAUGAAAAUGAAAGUGCCCUCCUCAUCUUCGGGCCAAGAUAGACGCCAUCACAGUGACAAACGGGACAAAAGCUCGCUUAAAGUUCGCUUAGCUGUGCCGGGGUCCAGCAGUGGUUCCCAGCUGGAUAAAAGCAGUCAACAGAUGAGCAAAGAUGAGCUUAAAAUGAAGAUUAAAGUGUCGUCUUCUGAGCGUCACAGCUCAUCAGAUGAAAGCAUGGGCACCAACAACAACAAAAGCAAACAUUCCAGCCCGAUGGUGAGCAAAGAGAAACAUCGUGGGGCAGAGCACAACCCCCAUCGCCACCAUAAACACAGUCACGCCCCCACACACAGUGGCAACGGCCGCGGAGCUACAGAGGGCUCAGGCGUUGGGAUAGGCCUGCUGCGAGGUCCUCCUGGACUCAUCAGCAUGGAAGGAACAACACAUGGGCCUCCUGGACCCACCUCUUCAUCUUCAUCACGCAAGAGGGCAUAUCCAGAGCCCAGCCACAACCACCACCCUUCGGCCUCAUCCUUCACUGCUAGCUCCAAAGUGAGCAAACUCUCCAAGGGUGGCUCUAGUGCUGCAGGUACUUCAUCUUUUUCUUCCCCCUCUUUCCCUCCUUGCUCCUCUCCUGUACUGCAGUGUGUCUCAUCUGGCUUGCAGCUCUAUGGCUAACCUCCUUCCCUCCCUACCUUCACCCCACCCUUCUCCUCCUCCUCCUCCUUAUUCUCGUUUCUCCUCCUCCCCUCCUGUCACACCCAGGUGGGCUGCGGACCUCUCAGCAGUACCCUCCUCCUAGUGAAUCGCCACAUGAAGUGGGAGAGCAGAGACACUGAGUCCACCCCUCUGCAGCCAUGGCCAGCACAGGAAAAUGGCAACAAACUACACACAGUUUAAACUUUAAAGACUAUGCUCACCUCUUUGUUAAGUGCCCUAGAAAAAAAAACCUCUAUGUGAUGAUAAACCCUUUAUUGAAAGGCAGAAAGUUAUCUGCAAAAAAAAGAGUAUUGUUGGACUUCUCAGCUUCUGAGAUGUGAAAGAUGAAAAAUUAUGCUUCCUGACUGUCACAUCUCUGGGCUUUGGUGCUCAGUCCUCUUUCUGUUAUCGUGUUGAAUUAUUGCUUUGUUAUUCUUCCUCCUCAAAUGGGUCUAGGAACGUGUAAAAGGUGGUUGUGUGUUUGGGAAAGCUUGUUUCCAUCAGGGGGAGAAGUUCUUUCCCUACAUGUCAGAUCUCCAUAUGAGAAAACACAAGUAUUACAAGUUCUAUAAAAAGCAAGGAAGGUGCACUUUCCUUAUUUUCUUCCUCCUUUUUUUUUUUUUUUUUUUUUUUUUUUCUAAGAACUUAUUUUCAUUGAAUCACAUUUCUGUGGUUUUAUGGAGGAAGAUGGUGGCCAGGUGGAGAUGCCUUCAGUUUGCUGAUAUUCCAUUUAGUACUGUUGAUGGAUGCAAUUUUUUUAGGUGUUUAAAAUUCAUCUCCUAAAUUACUUUCUUGUCUUGGUUUCUUUUUAUACUUAAGUACUGUGCGUAUGAUUUGCAUGUUUCGAUCAAAGGGAUUUGGAAGGAGAGCGCUAACUUGCUGUUUACAAAAAUGGAGAUAAAUGUACAUACGUUUUUGUAUGUUUAAAGAAAAAAAAAGCUAUACCAUGACUACUCAGGUUAGGAGCUGCUUGUAAGUAUAACAAGAUUAUUGUAAUACCUAUAAAAGAGUUUUAUUUUGUUGAUCAGUGGAGUGGGCAUCAUCGGGUAAAUGAUCGAAGCAUUCCAGUGGUGUGUGCUUCUUACAGCCUUGCUAUAAGACAGUGAUGUACUGUAGGUUUCCAUCAGAGAAUAUUACUUGAUUCCCUCAGCAACUGGCACAUCCGACACCUACUUAUCACAUAAGAGCGAUGCAAUUUGUACCAAAAAAAUAUUUUUUUGGACCUCUUAAGUAGACUUGAAGCUGGAUGCCAAAGGUUGUGCCUCAACAAGGAAAAAAAUAAAGCUGGCAAGGACAGUAGUUGUGCUAUUAAAGUUUACAUAACCCUUUUUAUUUUAACUGCAUCAGACAUUUCAUGACAUAAAGCUGUAGCCCUUUAGAUAAAAAAGGAAAUGCCCAUUGUUCAGUGACUGAUUCACAGGGUACUGUUCAGGAUGAAACACUUGUUGGCUCGCUUUCAUUUAGCUGUGAAUAAUUGGCCACAGGCAGAUUGACCUGCCUGAUAUGUAGGUGACCUCAAAUAUCUGCAAUGUAGACGUGCUUCAUAGUUUUUGUGUAUCACUGACUUUCUUUUAUUCAGUUGGUUUUAUUAUGUUUGCAGCCCUGUCCGUGUCUGGACACGGCUUUAUUAUCACUUUCAUACAUUAAACACUCUUCCGUUGUAGAUUCUUGAUAUGAUCCAAUCUUCUCUGUUUCUGACCGGGUUACUUGUUUUAUGUUAAGCGUGUGCAAAAUACAAAUUAGGCUGAGGCUAUAUUGUACCCUGAUUGGGGAUUUGCAUUUGGGCACACAGGAUUACUGCAGUUGUAGAACAUAAGCUACUCUUCACAUCCUUUUUCUCCAUUUUUCAUUUCAAAAUUCCAAAUAAACUUUAAUGUUGCCACUAC